UCUUACAAACAAAUAGUAUUUUCUGAAAGUCCAACUGCAAUAUAUCAAAUAGAUAGCAAACUAUUGCUCUCUCCAAUAAUGGAAAUACUGUUGCUAUGUAUGCAAAUGUCUCCCUGGUAUCCUCAUGCACCAUGUUGUAGAUCAUCAUUCGUUUUGGGAUUGUUUAAUGAAACUGGUCAAUGGUUAGGAGAAUAGUCAGAGCACUGAACAUAGAUGAGACAGCAAAGUAAUGGACUUAUAUUGUAUGUUAUCCUGGCUGAAUACCCUUACAUAAGCCCCUCAAGUGAAAUGAUUUAGAUGUUGGAGACAUGGCGAAACGGUGUAAAGCUAACAUUUACUACUUUCCUCUGCUAAAGUAGAAUUGACGCGUGCAUAUGACCAUAUGAGAUCAUUGGUGCAAUGGUAGAAGAAGAGUAGGACUAUUAAACGUACAUGAGACAGCAAACUAGUCGACUUAUAUUGUAUGUUAUCCUUCCUGAUUUUUUUUUUCAACAAGUCAUAGAGUGCAGAGAUUUUUUGUGAAAUGAUUUAGAAAUGUUUGAGAUAUAGUGAGACUUCAAAAGAUAGCAUUUACUACCAUCCUCUGCUUAACUAGAAUUGAUCAUGCAGAUGCCUAUGAGUUUUUUGGUGCGAUGGUUAAAGAAUACUAAGAGUAUUGAACAUAGAUGAGACAACAAACUAGUCAAUUGGUAUUGUAUGCUAUCCUAUGUGAUUAUUUUUACAUAAGUCAUAGAGGAGAGAGAUUUUCUCAAGUAAUAUGGUGAGACUUUGUAAAGCUAACGUUUACUACUAUUCUCUACUAAACUAGAAUUGGUGCAUGCAGAUGGCCAUAUGAGAUCUUUGGUGCGAUUUUUUUAGAUAACCUUUGUAUAUUUAUCUUUCAUUUGGAAGUCUAGAUUCUGCAUGUAGAUUAAAGAUUAUGUUUGGUAGUUUCAUUUUCACUUAACACAACCAAUGUUAAUUCCAAGCCAGAUGGAAAAGGAUGAUGGUUGCAUUGGGUCUAGGCAGCAAGGUUCGAUUUGUCUAGUAAUUUCAUUUUCAUUCACAAGUAGAAAUUAUCAUUCAUCUUUACAAUACUGAUUUACAUUAUUUAUAUAUCAUUAUUUUUCGGUAUUGUAAGUCUGAAGUUGAUUACAAAUUCAAAUAUGUGGAGUUGUGUUUUACACUGUGGAUGUUUCAUUUGAUUAACCUAAAUUGUUAUCUGCCUCAUUUUUGCAUGUUCCUGGUUUAAUUCUCAAUUGAUGGUCAGUAAUCAUUUCUGUGCAUUUCUUGUCAAAGAAUCCACUCAUGGAAGCAUCUAAGCUAUCAGAUUGUCUUGCCUGUAAGAAACUGCUGGUGCUCUAUUCUAGAAUUCCCUUUAUACUGGUGUUGCAGGUUCAGCCAUCCUAAUCAUAUGCAAGUAGUUCUUCUUUCACGUGUGUGGAAGUGCACAUCUUUAUCAUAUUUCUUGUAGAAGACAAAUCCAUUCCCCGUGUAGUUUAAGACAUCAAGAACAAUGUAAGUAAAAGCUAGCCAGUUACAUUAAAGUUUCAUAUCAAACUAAAUUCAUUACUGCAAGCUAAUUGCCAGAAAUUGCAAAAUCGAAACUACUUGAGACUAAUUCCCACUUUCACUAUUUGUUUUUCUCUAAAUAUAAAAACAUCUAUGACCAAUAUUAAAACUAAUUGUAUGAUUUUCAUUGUUUCCAUAAGCUUUCUGUUUAGUGGUUGGAUCAGUGAUAUAAAUAUUUUUUGAUUUGUUUGUUUUUUCCAUUUUAGCAAAUUGUAAAAAGUAAGUUGUUUUUUUGUAGCUUUUCUUACUUUAAAUUCUCCUUGUAUGAUCUUUUUAACUUAUACCCCUAUGAUGACAUUAUCGUUAUGCUAGUUUUGUGUUUAACCAGUCAUCAAUUGCCACGAAAGAAACUAUAUGAUUCUAUCUUGCUGGUCAGAAGUCUUGAACGUGGGAUUCUUUAUUAGCCAACUGCACAGUCUUCUAAUACAUGCAUGGAAAAACAAGCAGCUAAUUGUAAAUGUAUCUAUUUUCCUAGGAGUUGAUUUCUAAAUAUACCAUUUAUUUUCAAGAUUGUAAUGAUUCUCUUUUGAUAUUUGAUUCUGCUGCAGAUCUAUACAUUCUCGACCAUUUCAUUCUUUUUCUCCUGAACUUUGAUGCCAUUCCAUGUCAAGUAUUAACAAAUGGAUGAAAAAAUUAAUAGAGGAUGGAUUUGAAAUAAAAUUGAAUUAAGACUAGAUUUCUUAGAAAAUUUAAGAUGAUAUACUGUUUUUGUUGAAAACUUUAAGGUAAAUGAUAUUUUUUAGUAAUCAACCCUUUCCCCUAUCAAUGAUGUAUGUUCUUAUUUUUGCUGAUGGACUCAAACUCUCCCAAAUAUUGCAUUAGAUUCUAUGAAUAUCAUCCAAAUAUCACAUUCACCAUGGAGAGAUUAACUGUCUUAGCAGUUGGGAGGAAAACUUGAAUGAGAAAUUCUUCUGAUGAACAGUCAUUAUUAACAGUGGUACUCUGGACACUCUUUUUAAUUUUAGCAGUGUGUUCCAGAGGUGGACAUAAAUAGCUUUGUAAAAAUGGACUGCGUGAAGCUGCACUUUGUAUGCUAACUUAAUUCUUGGUACCUGCUUCAGGUCCCCACAUUCACCUUGUCUGGAGGGUAGCUACAUGUUCUUUUCAAAAAGUUAGACUUUAAAUUUGGCUAACUUCUCUUUGCUGUUAAAUUCCUCGUGGUAAUCCAAGAGUACUAAUAACUCACCUGCUCAAAAAUCAAUCCAUCCCACUCUUCGUUUGUCCGUGCGCAGGUUACAAAGUAGGAAGACAUGGAUAAUGCUUCAGAGAUGAAUGCACUAUGAUUGCAGCUGGAGGUGGGUAGAAGCAGUAAAGAUAUUGCUGAAAUCUUUGUCUAGUGGUCUCCCUGAUCUGACACACUUCACCACUGUCGCUGCCACUGCCGUGCCACAUCCUUCACAAACAGAAAUGGAGGAGAAAGCCAUGACCACUGCUUUCCCCUCCAUGGAGUGCUGCCAGAGGUCACCAGAGAGCAGUGAGGUUGUUAAUUACAACAGCAAUGGUUUGCCAAAGAUCAGUGCAAGAGGACACUGGAGACCAUCCGAGGACCGCAAACUCAAGGAGCUUGUUGAGCUCUAUGGCCCUCAAAACUGGAACCUCAUUGCAGAGAAGCUGGAGGGCAGAUCAGGGAAGAGUUGCCGCCUGAGGUGGUUCAACCAGUUGGAUCCUAGGAUCAACCGGAGACCAUUCGGCCAUCAGGAGGAAGAGAGACUAAUGGCUGCUCACAGGGUGCACGGCAACAAGUGGGCAAUGAUCGCGAAACUCUUCCCUGGAAGAACUGACAACGCAAUCAAGAAUCAUUGGCAUGUCAUCAUGGCCAGGAAGUACAGGGAACAAACAACGCCUGCCUCUUUGAGGAGAAGGCUUAUGGUCGAGGAGGAAGUAACCAAAAUGGCGUCUCCUUGCUUGCCUUUUCUUGGUGGCUCAUCCAGUGACUUUGAUCGCAGCUGCGAGAGUUCUACUCAAGCAACUCCAUUUGACUUCUUCUCUGUUGAUCAACCCAAGGUUCGUUUGUUCGACCAAUCAUCUUUCAUCAGCUUUCCACCUCGGCAGUCAAGCCAUGUUUCAGCCAAUGAGACACCACCAUUUGAUCACGAUCAUGAGAUCACCAAUCUUGAUGCACAGCCAAGCUUCAUAGAUUUUCUUGGUGUCGGGGCCGGAUGAGUUGGCAGUUGGAUUAGUGGGGUCCAAUUUGAGAACACAGAAGGAUCCUCUUGGUAUGUGUUACCGGACACUUUGUUUUUUUCUUUCCCUUUUCCCUUCGUCUAGAUCAAUUAAUUGUUUUCUGAACAAAAUAUUUUGUUCUUAAUCUUUAUAAUCUAAAAAAUAUUUUAUAUCCAUUAGUAAAUUAUAAAGCAG